AUGAGUAAGGUAAGGUUAGGUUCCUAUCUAUCUAUCUACAUAAAAAAACGUUACAAUGUCGUAUUGAGAGCGAGAAUUCUAGGAAUCCUUCCGGAGGGAUCGCGGAGAGUUAAGUAUGCAUGUAUGGGAAUUGAAAGUCAGAGAAGAGAAGAGGUGAGAGAUGGGAAGGUAGGGUUACAAUUAUGUAUAGUUUCUAGAAAUGGCUCCUUCCUAUUUUGGGGAAGAACUGCGAAUGUAAGCUGA